AUGGACCCUUUUCAGGAUUUGAAGGCCGGGCCUUCUGAAGACCAACCCCGACUAGCCCCAGACAGCUCGAAACUGCGACGCUUCAUCAAGCUGGGCUGUAUUGCCAUAGCUCUCCUCCUGGCUUGUGCCGUUUUUACUGAGAAGUCGUCCUACGGCAGAAAGCAAGGCUGGAUUUGGAGGCUUCAUGAGGAAUAUGGUAGCAGUGAGAAUCACCAAAAACACUCAAAUGGGAGCCUGUAUCUAUUGGGGGUUGGGAAGGCGGAUAUAACAGGGCCCGUUGUCGAGAUUAACAUGAUGGGAUACGCAGAUACAAAACAAUUGGGAUCGGGUCUUCGACAAAGACUAUACUCUCGAGCUUUCAUCAUUGGAGACAUAGAUCACCCGGAAGAUAGAUUUAUCUAUCUUGUUCUCGACACUCAAUCAGGAGAUACUGCCAUUAGGUAUGGAAUAUUGGAAGGGCUGGCGAGGCUAGGGCCCGAUUUCCAGGUUUACGGACAGCACAACUUGGCAGUCACCGGUACUCACUCUCACUCGGGCCCAGGAGCUUGGCUGAACUAUCUACUUCCUCAGAUUACAAGCAAGGGGUUUGACAAGCAAUCUUAUCAGGCCAUUGUCGAUGGUGCGGUUCUGUCCAUCCAGCGAGCACAUGAGAGCUUACAGCCUGGAUAUUUGACUAUUGGGUCUACUAAGGUUUUCGGCGCAAAUAUUAAUCGAAGUCUCUAUGCCUACCUUGCGAAUCCAGAAGAAGAGAGGGCAAGGUACAACAUGAGUACUGAGGACGAUGGAUCUGUUGAAAAGGAUUUAACCUUAUUGAGAUUCCAACGAGCCUCUGACGGUAAGAAUACCGGAGUACUUACUUGGUUUCCUACACACGGCACAUCGAUGCUAGGGAACAACACUCUCAUCUCAGGAGACAACAAAGGAGUUGCAGCUGAUAUAUUUGAAAAGAGCAUUUCCGGAGACGAUAAUGCCGCUGAAGGAUUCGUCGCCGGUUUUUCACAGGCCAAUGUUGGGGACACAAGUCCAAAUGUCCUGGGUGCAUGGUGCGAAGAUGGAACCGGCCAAGAGUGCAGUUUCAGGAAUAGUACAUGCAGUGAUGGCAAAAGUCAAUACUGUCAUGCUCGUGGGCCCUUCUUCCGUGUCAAAGAUAACGGAGCGUCGUCUUGCUACGAAAUUGGCAAGAGACAGUUCGAGCCUGCUAGGCGUCUGUAUGACAACAUUGAUAGGGAAGGAAAGCCUGUCACUGGUUCAUCUGUCAAGUCCUUCCAUACCUUCAAAGAUAUGUCCAACUUUAGUUUCCCCCUUUCCAACGGGAGCUACGUGCGUACAUGCCCCGCAGCUUUGGGCUAUUCGUUUGCUGCUGGCACGUCCGAUGGUCCCGGUGCUUUUGAUUUUACGCAAAAUGAUCCCAACGCGCCAGAUGCUUCGCCUAUCUGGCAAGUUGUGUCCGGCAUACUCAAGGCCCCCAGCAAGGAACAAAAGCGAUGUCACUUCCCUAAGCCAAUCCUGCUUGACGUUGGAGAAAUCACCUCCCCUUAUCAGUGGACCCCUAACAUUGUUGAUGUACAAGUAUUUCGAGUUGGACAGUUGGUGAUCAUCGUGAGUCCUGGAGAGGCAACGACAAUGGCCGGCCGGCGUUGGAAAGAAGCCGUUCAUGCUUCCGCAGCUUCAAUGGCACUCUCUGGUUCAUCAGCCGUUGAUCCGGUAGUCGUUAUUGGAGGUCCUGCGAAUAGCUACACUCACUACAUAUCCACGCCGGAGGAAUACGGUAUUCAAAGAUACGAAGGUGCAUCCACGCUCUACGGACCCUUCACAUUGAAUGCUUAUAUCAACCUAACUCUCUCUCACCUCCCAUACCUCGGCGCAUCCUCGAUCUCUCAGCCUGACCCCGGACCAUUCCCUCCCAACAACGUCAACAGAUCCCUCUCCUUCAUCACCGGCGUAGUCUACGACGGUGUGCCCGUCUUCAAAUCCUUUGGCGACGUUAUAACAGAUGCAGAGCCAUCAUAUGCCAUCGGUUCCAAGGUCUCCGUGAAGUUUAUCGCGGGGAACCCGCGCAACAACCUCCGUCUCGAGCAGACCUACGCAGCAGUUGAAAAACUUGAUCCAGAGUCCGGUAAGUGGGUUAUAGUUAGGGACGACAGUGACUGGGGUUUGAUCUUCAACUGGAGGAAGACCAGCCAGAUUCUUGGGACGAGCGAGGCGGAGAUCGUUUGGGAGACAGAGGAGUGGGCUGCUGGUGGCCAGUAUCGUAUAAAAUAUUUCGGUGACUCGAAGGCGGUUGGCGGGAAGAUCACGGCUUUUGAAGGGACGAGUAGGGUCUUUGUUUUGGAAUAA